GCUUCACUUGAACAUUUUCACACAGACACAAUGACGGUUGCAACUCUUCUGCUGGUGUUUCUUCUAACAGACCUUUUAGGAUCUGAAGAAGUCCACAUAUUGAGAAAAAUAUCUGUUGAAAAUGGACAAACUGUCGUAAUCCCUUGUUUAUAUGAUGCUUAUUUUGCUACUUACCCAAAAUACAUAAGUGUUGGACCUUUUUUUAUAUUCAGUCGUUACACACAAAACGAGAGAUUAUCUGUACUGGAUUACAAAACACGAAACUUUUUCACAGCAACGCUGAGUAGUGCUCAAGUGGGCGACAGUUCAAAAUACUGGUGUGGUGUGUAUUUACACGGACUAGAUUAUGGAACACAGUUUUUAUUAGAGGUCACACAAGGUGACACAAAGCUUCAUGUCUCCAGUCAAAAUGUGACAGCAUAUGAGGGUGAAAAUAUAAACAUCCAAUGUUAUGGAGCUUCAAAAUGGUGUAAGAUUGGUGGAUCAUGUGCUGAAGAAAAAGUAGGAACCUUGGAUAAAAACAAAGUGGACAUCAGCGGUGACGACAAAGUGUUGAGGGUGACAUUAAAAGCACUGCAAAGAGAGGAUGCAGGAUGGUAUUUCUGUUCGGACGGACAAUCACAAAUACCUGUUUAUAUAUCUUUGGGAAUACGCCCACAUUUAAAUAACAAAUCUGUUCUACCAUUCCAUUUAAAAACGCCUAGUGAUCGGAAGCAAUACUUAUGGCUUGUUAUUUUGGGGCCGGUGGUGUCAAUAAUAAUCUGCGGAUCUGUGAUAUUACUUAAUUUAAAAAAAAGGAAACAGAGAGCAGACGCUUCAGAAAUUUAUGAAUGCAUGGAUGGGAGACAAAUACCUCAAGAAAGAAAUCAUGAGAAAAAUGCACACGAAAAUGUAUAUGAAGAUAUGAGCAGAACUAAAUCCAACAUCAAGCAAACAGUAAAGGAUGAUACAUAUGCAAAUGUGGUAAAACAGUCAAGAUCAUCUGAUUCUCCUUAACAAAUAUAAUCACUACUGUGUAUAGAUGGUUUCAAAGCAAAGUAAACAAUAAUAAAGAUGCUUCAAAAAGUCUUCACAGAAAUGCCAUAGAAGAACAAUUUUUGGUUCCACAAAGAACAAUUCAGUCAAAGGUUCUUCAAAGAACUAUCUCUUUCUUACCUUUCUCGCCAUAAAUAACCUUUUGUGAAACAGAAAGGUUCUUUGGAUGUUAAAGGUUCUUUAUGGAUCCAUUUUGACAAAAAGGUUCUGCUAUGGCACCAUGAAGCACCUUUAUUUUAAGAGCGUGAGAAAAUAACGUGAAAAUAAACGUGAGAAAAUAAUCGAAAAUAAUCGAGCCCCUGUAGAUCAUUUCUGACAACAAGAACAAAAAAAAGAAAUAACAAGUAAAUUAGCUGACAAGUUAAAAGUAUGACUGGCCAGUAUUAUUUUGGGUUAUUAGUAGAAGAACCGUUACUUGACUAAACUUAAAUGAGAAAAGUUACAAGUUUCAACAAAUUGUUUAUUUUAUCAAAUUAAUGUACAAUAAAAUUCAUCAUACUAUUAAAUCGAUACAAUUAUUAUAAAAUAUAAUAGUAAUAUAAAUAAUUAUUAACAUAAAUAGAAUAAAAUAUAAAUAAAGUUAUAUUAUUAGGCACUUGCCAGACCGGUCAAUAAACAGACCAGAAGUUAACUUCGGGCCAGGCGUGUAGAUCCGAUGGAGACGUCUGCACACACUUCACCUUGUCUGGUCUGACCAGGAAUGACAGUCUGCUUGUAUGCUAUACUUCACACUAUUUUUAAUUUAAACUUACAUGUUUUUCAUGUUUUUCCUCCAUUGGAGUAUUGUGUUCCUCGCCACCGUUUGAAUACUAUUUUGUACAGUUUGCCUGGGAUAUGCUUUAUUUAUUUUAAGGUUUUACUUAGUAAAUAUUACAAAUAGGAAUUUAUAGUUUGUUUAAUAUUUGAACUGUGUUUCUCUCUCCCUUAUCUUUAAUGUGUGCUCAAAAUGUUUUGCGUGUAGUCCAUAUGUUUUAUGAACAGCUGCUUUGUAAAAAUGAAAAUUGUAAAAAGCGCUAUGUAAAUAAAGUUGACUUGACUUGA